AUGGACAUCUAUACACGCGUUGAAACUGACACGUUUAAGCCCAGAGGAUGCGGAAAACUUGUGACGAAGUCCUACCAGCAAGUCAACUUUGGAGGUGAACGGGAGGUAAAACUAGUUCGACGUUUUUGCGCCAGUUCGGGCAUGAAGGAGAACGAGCAGAAGUGCCAACUAACCAUGUCCCAGGGUCGCUGGACGGAGAUGUGCGUCUGUGGCGGCAACGCCUGCAACCACGCCGACAACCCGACAUUGACGGUGCCGCUCCUCCUCGUGCUCCUCGUCUCACUUCGCGGAUGCCUUGAGGCGCUCUUUUGA